GUAUCUCGGCGUCGCCGGAUAUCUAGUCGUGUGCCCCAAGAACUGCUUGAUGCCCAUCUGUCUCUUGGUGGUCAUGCUGAUUUGUCAGUUGCAUUAUCGAGGGGCGUUUCGAAAAGUAAUGGUUUUGUCGGUGUGGGUUUAGCCGAUCAACAGAAUGAAGUUCGCAAGCAGAUAUGUGAGUUCGGGGAACAAGAGGAUGAUAAAGAUGAAGAAGUGACUUCUGUGGUUGGAAAGAUGGAGGAAAUGAAGGAAACUGAUAAUGAAAAUCUAAUAAACCUAAGACCUUGCUCAGGAAUCGCAUAUCAACACUCUAGCGGUGCUCAUUCUUGCUUUGAAAUUAACUCUUCCCAAAAAAAGAGUCACCAAUUGCAACCUACACUAGCAUCCUCAGUUGAAGAAGAAGCUAAGGAACAUAACGAAGAAGUGGUUCUAGCCAGCGCGGAACAGGUUUCGAGAUGGGUGCCGCAACUUGGUGAGUUCUUCGUUUACUUCUAA